AUGGCGUUCGCGUCCUGCUACAUAAAGGAUCACGACGAGGACGCUCACUUCGGGCACGCCGAGGCCGGCGUCAUUGGCGUGGCGGACGGCGUCGGCGGGUACCGCAGAAAGGGCGUCGACGCGUCGGCGUUCUCCCGCGCGCUCAUGCACAACGCCUUCGCGGAGGUGGCGAUGACCGCCGUCCCCGGCACGCGCUUCUGCCCCCGCGCGCUGCUGGGGCGAGCGCACCAGAUGACGGCCACGGCGCACACGCCCGCCGCGUCCACGGCGGCCAUCGUCUCCCUCGCCGGCCGGACCCUUAAGUGGGCGUACGUCGGCGACAGCGGGUUCGUGGUGAUCCGCGACGGCAGGAUCCUGCUUCGGUCGCGGCCGCAGCAGCACUACUUCAACUGCCCCUACCAGCUCAGCUCAAAGCAAGACAGCAGCAGGCUCGCCGACGCGGUGGUCGGCGAGGUGGCGGCGAAGGAAGGCGACAUUGUGAUUCUGGGUACGGACGGGCUGUUUGACAACGUGUUUGACGACGAGAUCGAGCGCAUGGUGCGGAUGGGCAUGGCGUUGGGGUUCGCGCCCGAGAACAUGGCGGAGGUCAUAGCGGGCUUCGCUUGCGAGGCUGCGAGCUGCGCCGACAGAGACACGCCAUACAGCUCCUUGGGCCGGACACAGCCAGGGAACGCUUUCUUCACGGGCGGGAAGCCAGAUGACAUCACUGUAGUCGUCGCCUACAUUGUAUCACCCCCUAUCUGA